AUGGCGAACAACGUUAUGGCUGCCUUCCAAGUUCCAGUGGUCAACAACAACAACUUCGAUAAUUGGAGUAUCAAAAUGAAGGCCCUUUUGGGAGCACAUGAUGUAUGGGAAGUUAUGGAGAAAGGCUACAUCGAGCUAGAAGAUGAAGAUACUCUAAUCCAAGCCCAGAAGGAGAGUUUGAAAGAUUCAAGAAAGAGAGACAAGAAGGUUCUCUACUUCAUCUACCAAGCAUUAGAUGACAAUGGCUUUGAGAAGGUCUCGAGUGCAACCUCCACCAAAAACGGUGAAAAGUUAGAUGUUAGAAUUAUGGAAAAAAUACUACGCUCGUUAGACCCAAAAUUCGAGCACAUUGUUGUGACGAUUGAAGAAACAAAAGACUUGAAAGAAAUCAGUAUAGAGCAUUUAAUGGGCUCGCUACAAGCAUAUGAAGAGAAACAUAAGAACAGGCAAGGGAAUGAUGAGCAGCUCCUCAAAACGCAUGUUCAGCCAAAGAAGAAAGAAGAAACCUUCAACAACGAGAGAAGCCAAUACGAAAGAAGUCGUGGCCAAGGUCGCGGACGUGGGCGUGGACAUGGACGUGGACGCGGUUGGAACUUCAACAACCAUAGCAACUACGAAAGAUCAACAAAAGGUGGUGAAAGAGGACGCUCAAACUUGAGAGCUCCAAGUAACAGACCUGAUGAGAAGGUCAAUUAUGUGAAAGAAGAGAAUGGCGUUAUGUUACUAGCAUGCAAACAAUGA